AUGCAUAGUCUCAAAGCAGCAAGUGGAGGAUUGCGCGAUAAAGCUAUGGAGUCAGGUGCUUUUGCUUUGUGGGCAAGACAGAGAAGCGAAAAGGAAGGGGACGAAAUAUUUGCGAUCUCAUUGAUAUCGUCCCAGGAUUCGCGGCGAUGGGAAUCGGUGUUUUGUGUAGACGAGUCAUUCUACGACGGACCGCCAGUGUUCGAUGAAGGACUCGAGGAGCUUCUUACUGGCGACAUGGGCAGCUUUUACAACAGCGGCCCGAUUUUCGUUGUGGAGCCUCUGGAACUGGUGGAAGAGGAGGACUAUGUGGCUUCAGAUGCAAACCUACAUAAGAAUCCAAGCAAGCAAGGUCAAGUUUAUGACGUGAAGCAGCAAAAAUCUGAGGGCUCUGUUUCAUCCACGAAUCCCACGGGUUUUGGUACAGGAGUAAUAUUACUUUUGGCUUCUAAAGGAGGGAACUCACGAAUCUUGAUGUGCGGAGACAAGGAAUGCGAAUACAAGGUCAGUUACGCCGAGGGAGAGAGCAGUGGUUACCUUGCCCGGGAGACAUUUGAGUUCGAACCCCUCGACGACGAAGACAACGAGGAGGAGGACGAGAGCUUCGUUCUCAAGAACAUCACUUUCGGUUGCGCCACUAAUGAUGGGAAUAUGCCAGCCAACGGAGUCCUAGGCCUCAACAGCGAGCGUGUCUCGCGAGACGGGGCGAUGGGGAUGAGAUCAGGCUCCACGGCUCCCAACCACCCCUCAUCGUCAACAACCAUUACUACAUCAACCUCGAGGGCAUCACGGUCGGAGGUCAAACCGCCAUGGGAUUCGACGGACGUGAUUGGCGGGAUCCUGACUAGGACUUACUCUGUUAAGUUCGGCACCGAGUCGUACACGUUGUUGUGCUAUGUAGGGGUUGUGAGAAGGGACCUGGUGGGGUUCCCAGUGGUGGAAUUCAAGUUCAACGGAGGGGCCGUGCUCGAGCUCACGGCUGAAAAAUGUUCAAGGACAAUGGGGAUGACAAUUUCUGCCUCACGACAGCUUCAUCUGAGCAGCACAACUUUGACUUCGGCGUCCUGGGGAACUACAUGCAGCAGUACUUCUAUAUGGCCUAUGAUCUCAAGGGAAAUCAGCUGCCCUUCCUGA